CGAACGGAACUGGUAACUCAGGCAAUUCAGCUGACCAGUUCGCAGUGCCAGCAUCAGGGGGGCGGUCCAGCGCAUCAAAUGCUUCUUCCACCUCGUACAAAAGUGACUGGUAUGGUCGGCAGGAUCUUGUAGGUAGCAGUGCAUAGGAGGGAAUUCAGCACUGGCAUUCCACCAUUGCAGACUCACAGCACCUGUGCUUUGGGAAUUUCCCUGGCUUUGAUCCGAAACGAGCACCGCAACAAACUGACCUUAGCAUCGUUAAGGAGUGCAGGCUUUCAAUCUGUGGCAUUGGUUGCCAGCCCCGUCAUCGAGCCUAAGGUCCUCCCUUCUGGAUCAUCGGGGUUGCUUUUGUCAGCAGAUCCUGCUGGAGGCUGCUUGUCAACGGACUGUUACAGCGGCCCUUGAGAUGAAUUUCUUCUGAGGGCCUAUUCUGUCCUUUUUUUAAGUCCAGGCCAAAAUCAUGGUGGCCUCCUCUCCCAGGAACCGGCCUGCCCCUGACAGCAAGCGUUUUGAUGUCGAGCUCACCGUGGACUCCUUGACUAACCUGCGAUUGAGCGCAGAAGAAGAGACCCUCGUCUCUGUAGAUGUCAAGUGGAAAGGGCCAAAGUCUGCACUUGGAUCGCGUUUCAGGAAGAGUCAGAAGAAGGACAACACCUCAGCGGAGGUGGUAACAGGAGGUGGCGCAGUUGUCUGGGGGGAAGGUGUUAGCAAGUUCAAGCACCAGUGUCUCUUGCUGGGAGCCAAAAGCCAGGGCUAUGAGGAGGUCACCUACCAACCUUGGGAUGUCAACUUUGUCAUCCUCAAGGCGGCUGCUUCUGCUCCAGAGAAGACAAGUGCCUUGGGCAAGGCAUCCCUGAAUUUGUCAGAGUAUGGAUCGGGGCUACGAAAUCCAUGGACAACCAUUCAGGUUGAGAUGGAAGGCAAGGGAGUGGAUGCGAAUGCAGAGCUGAAGGUGAGAGUCUCCAUGGUGGAGCUCAGAAACGAGGACGGUCCCACAACUCCCGAGUCUGUGGCCCCUGCCCCCAAGCGCUCCUCGCGCCUCUCCCACCGCCUCUCCCACUCGCGCUCUCGCUCUCUCAGCGUCCUUGAGGACCUCAAGCUGCCGGAAAAACCCCUGAUGACAUCAUCUAUGAUUUCGUCGGACGCGGACGACGAGGCGGAGACCGAGGACCUGGCGGCGCUCGGCGUGGAGCUCCCCCUCAAGUACAACAGCAUGGUAGCUAGCAACCUCGCAGCGGCGUUGGGGGCCACCGAACUUGCCGAGGUCGACAGAGCGGUGAUCCAACCCCUCCCCCAGAUUGCAACCCUGGAACGGACUGUCAGUGUUCCUCUGCCGGAGGUGUCGGACGGGGAGGAAGAGGGAGGGGCCAAGGACGAGGGGACGUCCAAGGCGAGGGGUCUGUUCAAGAAGCGCAAGCUGAGCUUCCGGUCGCCCAAGGGGGACCCCCUGCUGUGGACCAAGGAGAAGGAGCAGCCGCUGCUGAACAAGGUCAAGGCGGAAGAGGAGGAGGUGGUCAACACGUGGGAGAGCCCGUACACCGACUCGUCAUCUGCGGAGCAUGGCCGCUGGCUAGACGCGAAGCGCGCGGGUUUGCCUCCGAGCCUGUCCUCAGACAGCCUCUCUGCUUCGGACGGCAACUACAGCUCGGACGCUGAGGAAGAGCACAAGGUCGGCGCGUGGCAGCUGCGCCAGAUUGUCAGCCGAGAUGGGUCCAGCCGCAUGCUGGGGGAGGUCUUCUUUGCGUCGUUCGACCAGCGCAGCGAGAGCGCGGCUGGCGAGAGCGCGUGCACCGCUCUAGUUGCUGUCAUCGCUGACUGGCUGCACCAGCACCCGGGGCAGAUGCCGACGAAGGGGAUGUUCAACCAGCUGAUCCAGGAGGGGAGCGGCGAGUGGCGCGCCCUGUGCGAGAUGGACGAGUUCAAGGAGAGCUUCAAGGACCGGCACUUUGACCUUGAGACGGUGCUCGGCGCGCGCAUCCGGCCGCUCAAGGUGGACCACUUCCACUCGUUCGUGGGGUUCUUCAAGCCGCCUGAGGUGGAGACGUCGCACGAGAUGCUGGCGGGGUCGAUGUCGUUCGACGACAUCUGGAGCGAGCUGGCAAAGGCGGGGGAGGGGGUGUACAUCGUCAGCUGGAACGACCACUUCUUCAUCCUGAAAGUCGACGAGGGGCGGUGCUACAUCAUCGACACGCUGGGGGAGCGCCUGGUGGAGGGGUGCAGCCGCGCGUUCAUGCUGCGCUUUGAGGGGGGGUGCUGCUGCAAGCAGGUGGCCGAGACCAAGGCCGAGAUCCGGAGGGAGGAAGAGGAGAAAGCGGCGGCGGCGCAGGCGGAGAAAGAGCGUGCGGCGGGGCCGAAGAAGAAGCAGAAGCCCAGCCCGUACGCAAGCGGGCUGUCUCGGACGGUGUCCGGCGUGCCCAAGGCGUCCGAGAAGGAGGACAGUCCAAAGGGGGCCGGGCUGGGGCGGACGCUGAGCAUGUCGACGCUGGGGGCGCUGCUGGGGAGAACUAGCAGCGGCAGCUUUGGCGCAGGGAGCAAAAACGCGGAGAGGGCGGCGCUGGUGGCGAAAGAGGACUUGAAGGGGAAAAUUUUGGAGACGAAUGGGGCAGCUUCGGAGGGAAUGGGCGGGGGUGAGAUCUCGGCGCCGGUUUCUGAGGGCGAGAAUGAGGGUGCGGGUGAGGACGGGGAGAAAGUGGAGGAGUGUGGCCUGGGGCGGGGGAUGUGCAAGGGGCGACAUUUUGUGAGGGACUUUUUGGCGGCCGUGCCGCUGCGAGCGCUGGCUGAGGAUCUGAAGGCAAAGCGCGCGGUGCCCGUGCAUCAGCGGUUACAGAUUGAGUUCAACUACACGCGGCUGUUGGACCUAUUCAACGAGAAAGACGUCAAGAAGCUGGGCUAAGGGGGGAGGGAAGCGGAGGUUAUUUAUAUCCAGCGAAGGUGAACCGGGCACCGUUUGUGCAAAGUCGAGACUGCUAUUUGACUGCGACGGAGUUAGAGUUGAGAUUUUUUGAGAUGGAGGGGAUGGAAGUGGGAGAGUGGAGGGGAUGGAAUCGGGAGAUGGAAACAAUGAGAGUAAUUUUGUUGUUAUGCAUCCCAGGUGAAAGCUGGCAAGGAUCACGUGCUACACACGGUGCUGUUAGGUUGCAGUAUAUAGUCCAAUCUUAUUCGAAGUCAGGAGAGAUUUGGGCAGCUUGUAAGAAGCAGCUCUCCCUUCUUGAGAUAAAGUUCUCUGUUGUAAGCUGUCCUGUGGCAACGCUUGCCAUGGCAAAGCAUUCAGCAACUGAGACAUUACAUCUUAGCUUUUAGCAUCAGAUGUUGACGUGUCAAAGUCCAAUCAGACGUUGUAGGCAAUCCGGUCGGUCGAGUUUCCAAGUCCUGCUCCAAAGUACUUAGGUAUAUGCGUCUAAUAGCAAUUAGUCCAGGACCUCUGAACGAGUUGCAUUGAGGUACUCAACUCCUCUCCUGGAGGUUCUAGUUAAUCACUCGGCACCUCCAAGAAUGCUGCUCUUUUUGCCUGGG